CGACUUUCCUUCUCUCCUAUACAUUCACGCCUUCCCUCGCUUCUCCAAUCCCGACAGCAUCGCCCGGCGCAUGCGCAGCAACACAUCCUGACGGAUUGCGUCACCACCACUCCCACCGCCAUCAUGGCAGCAGACGACGAGCCCACCAGGCAACAACAGGACCACGAUGCCUCGGAGCGCACACCUCUCAUAUCCCGCGCCUCCGACUUCGAAAACGCCGACCAGAGCCAACCCCAUCGAGAAACCUCCGCCACAUCCGUCCUCCAAGCUCUCCACAACCCCAAGCGACGACGAUGGCCCAGUCUCGUAGCUCUCCUCGGACUCUGCCUGCUAGCUGUAUUCAUCAUCGUCUUCGCAUUCAUCGCGCCGACCGCUAUGAAAGAGUAUGCCACUCAAGCGGUGGUGUUCGAGCCGACGAGCCUGUCCAUCGACUCAUUCACAGAAGAUGGCGUGCGGGCGCGAGUGCAGGGUGACUUCACCAUGGACGCGAGUAGGGUAAAGAAUAAGAAUGUGAGGAAUUUGGGAAGAUUGGGUACUUGGAUCGCAAGAGAGGUUGAGACGGGGGAAAGUGAGAUGGAGGUUUCGUUGCCGGAAUAUGGGAAUGUGCUGUUGGGGACUGCGAGGAUACCGGGGAUUAAGGUGUACAUCCGGAAUGGACAUACGACGCAUAUCGAUGUCUUGAGCGACCUAUAUCCUGGAGAUGUGGAGGGGAUCAGACGACUUGCGACUGAUUUCAUCGAUGGCCGGCUGGGCCAGCUAAGAGUCAUAGGCAAGGCGAGCGUGCCGGUGAAGAGUGGUUUAUUCAGCUUGGGAAAGCAGGCUUUACAGCAGGAGAUGCUGUUCGCGAAUGACGAUAUCCCGGAGAUACCAAAAUACAAGGUCAAGAAGCUCAACUUCCGCGAGGUUGAGUUACCCAACAGCAAGGGCAUGGCCGCGGAUGUGUCGCUCAAGGUGCAGAACAAAUACCCUGUUGAGUUUACGAUCCCUCCGCUUGGAUUUGGCAUUUUGGUGGACAACUGCAAGAAGAGCGAUCCGUACAUCAUGUUGGCAAGUGCCAUUACCAAGGAUAUUGGGAUUCAGCCGAAGAAGGAUGUGGUGGCCAACGUGACUGGCAUCGUUCGCCAGCUACCUGCAGUCUUGACCCAAGAUUGCCCGGGCUCUUCGAAGUCUCCGCUUGACAAUCUUUUGGAAGGCUAUCUGAACGGAGACGAGACAACAAUAUACGUACGAGGAUCCGACUCGCCAUCUGAAGACACGCCAAAAUGGAUCACAGAUCUCAUCUCAGACAUUACUGUUCCCGUUCCAGUUCCAGGCCGUACUUUUGGACAUCUCAUCAAGAACUUCACCAUCGUUGAUACACACUUCAGUCUGCCUUCUCCAUGGGCCGAGCCAGGUACCCCAGAGUCAAAUCCUCGCAUUUCCGGCAAUGUGGCGGUGCUCGUCAAUCUACCAGAAGAGAUGAACUUCAACAUCUCCGUCGGUCGUGUCCGGGCCGAUGCUGAUGUGUACUACAAAGGCAAGAAACUCGGCCGACUGGACCUCGACAAGUGGCAGCCAGCUCACAGCAAUCGUCUUGAGGAUACUGAGGACGGUCCAUUACUACGAGUCGAGAGUGCAAUCAAGAAUGCACCACUCCUGAUUGAAGAUGAAGAUGUCUUCGCGGAUGUUGUACAAGCACUGAUCUUCAGCGGCAAGUCCAUCACGAUGAAGAUCAAAGCCGCCGUCGACGUUCAAGUCGAGACAGCGCUGGGAGAAUUUGCCGUCCGCAAGAUCCCCGCCGAAGGAGAGGUUCCCGUCAAUCCAACCUCCCCGUCCGACCCUCACCAUCCCCGCCCCCCAUUCUCCAACCUCACCGACACCCUCAAACCCCAACUCGUCGACCUCCGCAUAGCCAACACAACACCCUCCUCCCUCUCCCUCGCCGCGACCCUCAACAUCACCAAUCCAACCCCCUACUCCGCCUCAAUCCCCUACAUCUCCGUCGAAAUCUGGAAGAACGCUUCCCUCCUCGCGCACGCCACAGCACACAACCUCUCCAUCCGCCCCGGCCGCAACUCCAACCUGGAAGUCCUCGCGCUAUGGGAUCCACUCACCCUCUCCGGUCCAAAGGGCAAAGAAACCGGCCGCCAACUGAUAUCGCAGUACAUCUCCGGCUGGAACACCACCCUCACCUUGCGUUUACACCAAAAAUCCUUCCCUUCCAACCCGACCCUCGGUCGCGCGCUGUCUCGUUUCCCCGUUGACUUCGCAGCUCCACACCUUACCCCCGAACAUCCCCCUCCCUCGUACGGCGACCCCGACGACGAUGACGACCAGCCCAGCGCAGGAUCCUUCAUCCGCAACGCCAAAUUCCACCUCCUCUCCUCCAGCGCAACUUUCACCCUCCUCUCCCCUCUCACACAUUCAACCCUCUACAUCACCUCUCUCAACGCAACAGCUUACCUCCCACCUUCCGACCCUUCCGAUCGCGACCCCAAUCCCGCCGACCGCGAAGCAGGGCGUAUCCUCUACGAUGAGCCAUUCGGCGUGCCUCCCGUCGCAGAAACUCCAGACGGUGAAGGGUUCGACACGCCGAGACUUCCUGUGGACUGGAAUUUGGGCAGUGUGGGGUAUGGAGCUGUCAAGAGGGCGUUGGGAGGGGAGUUGAAGUUACGGGCUGUGGCGGAGGUGGGGGUGAGGUUGGGGCGGUGGAGGGAGGUUGUGUGGUUCAGGGGUGGGGGUUUGGGGGUUGGGAUUCGAUUGUGA